CGCCCGCGGCGACCUCACCGAGAAAGAGAAAUCUCGCUCGCGGUCGGGGCCGUCGCCUUCGCCAUUCCUCCGAUAAAUACGCGCGCGCUCGCUCCUCCCCCGAGCCCAGUCGCGUCGUCGCUCACUCCCCUCCCCUCCCCUCUCCACAUCCAGCUGCGUAUCCACCAAUCGACAGCGACCUCCUCCUCCACGCGCUCCCCUCCCCUCCCCUCCCUUUCCCUUCGCUCCCUCCUUAGCCGCUAAGCGUCCUCCCCUCCGCACCGCGCCGCGCCGCGUCCCGCCCCGACCUGCUCGCGCGGCUCCGCUCCGCUCGUCGGCGCCGUCGAGGACCACCCCAGCACCGGCGCUGCCCCCUACAAGAGGCGUCCGUCCGCCGCCUCACCGCACCAGCGAGCACCCGCUGCCGCCUCCUCCGCUCCCGAUCUCUCCACGCGGGCCGGAGAUCGGCCGCGGCGGGCUCCCGAUCCCGCCCGAUCUACCCACGCCCUCGACGCUCCCUCGCCGAGAUGUGGGGCGGCGACUCCAACGCGAAGCAGAUGCUCAAGUCCAGGGGCGGCACGGGCGGGGGGUUACCCACAUCCGGGGACGACGAGUCCGACUACUUCCCGCCGACCCCGCGCAAGGACAGCUGGUGGUCGACGGGGCUCCUCAAGCUCGUCACCGCCACCGUCAUCUUCAUGGGCGGCGUCGUGCUGGGCCUCUCCGUCAGCGGCAGCGUCGCGCGCUACUACUACAACGCGUCCCACGCCGAGCUCUUCUUCCCGACCACCACCUACAGCUGCGACCCGCGGGACAGGGACUGCGGGAUGGGGCUCGCGUUCAGGGCCUUCGUCCACCCGCCACGCCUCGCGCACUCCAUGACCGACGACGAGCUCUUCUGGCGGGCCUCCCUCGUGCCCAAGGCCGAAGAGUUUCCGUUCCAGCGGGUGCCUAAGGUCGCCUUCCUCUUCAUGGCGCGCGGGCCUCUCCCGUUCGCGCCGCUCUGGGAUAAGUUCUUCCGUGAUCACCAGGGGCUCUACUCCGUAUACGUCCAUACUGUGCCGGACUACAAGCUCAAUGUUUCCAAGAACUCCGCCUUCUAUGGCAGACAGAUCCCAAGCCAGGAUGUGUCUUGGGGAUCAAUAACCCUGGUGGAUGCUGAGAAGCGCCUGCUGGCCAAUGCCUUGCUGGAUUUCUCGAAUGAGCGAUUUGUGCUGCUGUCAGAGAGCUGCAUUCCUGUCUUCAACUUCCCGACUGUCUACGAGUACCUCAUCAACUCGGCACACAGUUUUGUUGAGUCCUACAACAUCGACACCCCUCAGAGUGCUGGGCGGUACAACCGUCGCAUGGCUCCUCACAUCAUGGCAGAUCAAUGGAGAAAAGGGUCAGAGUGGUUUGAGCUUAACCGUGAGUUGGCUGUCCAGAUAGUAGCAGACUACAAGUACUACUCGAUCUUCAGAAAGCACUGCAGGCCAUCCUGUUAUCCAGAUGAGCAUUACAUACCGACUUAUCUUCAUUUGUUCCAUGGGCCCCUCAAUGCCAACAGGACCAUCACAUGGGUUGAUUGGUCAAGAGGAGGCCCGCAUCCAGCAAGUUAUGGUGCUGCGGACAUCACAGAAGACUUCAUCCAGGCCAUCAGGAAUAAUGGUACGCAGUGCUUUUACAACUCGAAGCCCACCUCUGUCUGCUACCUGUUCGCGAGGAAGUUUGCUCCUAAUGCUUUGGGAAGGCUGAUGAACAUGACCUCGACGGUGUUGGACUUUUGAGUCGUUCACCAUGCAUCGUGGUCAGCAUUUCGCUACUGAGGUAUCUCUAUGGAUGCGCGUGCCAGUCGGGAACUAGAACUACUCUACCCUACUAGAUUGGAGUCGGCAACAUGUGUCUCACUAUAGAUGGAUGAUCAGAGAUGGCUUUUGGUGUAUGCGUCUCUCGCUCUCGCGGAUGAUGUGUGUGGGACAGUGAAAAUUGCUUCACUUAUCCUGAAGCUGAUUCCCUGAGUGAUCGACAGAUGGCACCGCUUACGGAGAUGACAUUUCUUUGACCUCCCAUUCUUUUUAAUAUAUCAUAGUCAUAUGAUAGAGGAUCACCUUCUUUUCUUCUUCUUCAUCCUCCCUAUCUACUGUAUUGACUUGGUCAGACACUAAUUUCUGUGAAUAUAACUUAUCGAUCAUUGCUUUACUUCAA